UGGACUCUUCUUCUGACGGCACCCAUUCACUGUAAAGGAUCCAUUGGUUUGAGCAAGUGACGUAAUGCUACAUUCCUCCAAAUCUGUUUUCUGUUCCAGCAAAUUUCAGGUUCAAGCAAAUUGCUCCUUUACCAAACAUAGGCUAUUCUACAUCUACUUGCAGUGACCAUAAAGCCGGUUUUGUACAGAGACCACGUUUCGGAAGUCACAGUGAUUUUUCCAUUGUGUUCCCUUAAUGCUGAGCUGACAUUAGAAACCAUAUUUAAAACUUAUUCAGAUAUAUUCAUACUGUAAGUACGCCGUGCAGUGCAUGCAUGAAGCUUUCAGUGUUAAAGUGACAGAGUAUUAGAAAUAACUACAGAGAAGAAUAGCAUUAGAUUGAUUGAUUAUUUAUGUUUUUUCAUUGAACAGUAUGAAUUUGACUUUGUCCAACUAGAGUAGGAUGAUUUAAUCGUUAUUUAUAAAUGUUUUGUUGCCUUUAUGAGAGAUUUAAACCUGAAGCAAUAAAUGGGUCUGUCUUUUUUUAAGAUGUUUAAUGUACAAUUGCACAGUGAGAGAAGAAAUUAGUUGCAUUUUACCUCAACUGACAUUUAUCGUAUGUGAAAUUUGAGUUGUAUUUACUUCAACUUCAACCAAAACGUGGGCAUUGCGCUUUAAACACUAUACUGAGGCGUAACGUGUUACAUCAUGACCAAAGUUGCAACACUACAUGGAAUUAAAUUUGUGAGUGAACACAACAGCCAAAGCCUUCUGCACUUUGAUUUGUCCAUUUAAAUCCCAUGUUCCUCUCUGUGUUGCACAGGGACUCUGUUUGUGAGGAACUAAUUAAAUUCCUUUGAGCGAGGCGCUUGGAUUUCAAUCCAGCUCACUAAUCUGCUUUUAAUGUUCAUGGAAGUUUCUUCUGAGGAACUCAACGGGAGAGAUGCUGUGCGGGUCUCCUGUUUGAUCAUUAGACCACAGUUAAAGAUUAUAAAUGUCUGUUUUCAGGAAGCGUCUGCAUUUAUUUAUUUACUUGUCAGGGUCAUGUCCUAUACUGGCCUUUCAAACAGUUCAGGGUAUUGUAUUGCAUACUAAGUAAGCACACUUUGUUCUGGAUUCACUAUAAAGAGUGAAAACACACUGUCUUCCAUUAAAAAGCCAUGUGAAAUACAGAAAAAAAAAGAUUCUAUGAUUCGUUUGUAAGCGGGGUUAGUUAUUUUUUGUCAUAUUUACUUUUUAAAACAUCACAACAAACUGUGUUUUUCGUUUUCACUAAAGUUGCUUUCUUCAAAGGGAAAUGCAAAGGCAUAGGCCUAUGUACUGUACUUCCCAGGAACACGGUCGUAUUUAAAGCAAUCUGUGUAGAAUUUUUUGUAUUUAUGUCGAGUUCUGAUGAUGUAAAUGCUAAAUCUAAAUAUUUCUCUAUUAAAACACCUCUUUGGCUCAUUCUGUGAUACUGCUUUUAUUCCAGUUGCAAACUUUAGGUAAAACUUUUGCAAGGUGUGAAACAUUACGGUUAGUUUUUAACUCUCUCUCUUUGUUAACCUACUCGCUAGAUUAGUAUAAAGGCUGUGAAUGUUUAAAAAACAGCUUUCAGUCAGAUAAAACCGUUUGUUUUCCAAAGAGCCUUGAGAAGAUGCUAAUCUCACAAGCUGAAGGUCUUCACUCUUCAGUGCCCUUGUGGGCGUGGUUUGCAAAGCCAGUCCGUUCUCCGAUUGGUCAAGCGAAGAUUUCCUCUUCUAUCAUUGGUCCAUUAUGGACUCGACGUAGGCGGCAGUGCAAAAAAAAAAGAAAGAAACUGCGUUCAUUGUGGCUCCAGAGUCAGGGAGCAAGUCCGUGCAUGUUUCUCAAGAAUCUCGGAGCCAACAUGGCGGCCGGACCGAGGCAGUUUCCUUCAUCGUUUUAUAUGAAAACAACUGAAAAAGUAGGAGGGUAGCGUAACACAACAACAUCAGCGUCACAUGAUUCAUAAAGCCAGGCUGCCCUGUUCCAAUAUGGUGGUCAGCUUGGCGGAGCUGCGUCUCCCGUUGAUCAUGUCGUUCCUCUUCGGGCUCGGAACCUGCAGCCUUCAAGAGCCGCAGGUUUACGGACUGCGCCUGGAGGACGUUACCGAGCGGGUGUUCAUGCGCGAGCGGGUCAUCGUAGCUCCGCACGGGACCACCUUCAAGCUCAGAUUGUUUGGGUCCUACCUGUCCAAUGAGACCUGGCCGUGGGUCGCGUUCGCCGCGGAUGGAGGCGGUUCGGUUGACCCGUGCGGGCUGGAGGAACUCCGCAACUCUUCUGCGUUCCGGUUACGAAGAGCGUUCCCGUCAGAUGACGAAAACAGCGGGAUUAUAGAAGUCCAAACCGAAUCUGCAGCAUCCAAACCGGAGAAUAAAGAUGCAGAGCCUGUGCUCCAUCAUUUCUGCGUCUUAAAGGGCCAGACAUGGGGGUCUUUCGGGUCGGACAAGUUGGUUAUUAAGAACCCGGAUGUGCCAUCAGAUUACAUACCAUUAUGGGGUCUGAUUUUGGUGGUUGUGCUCCUGGUUUUGGUUUGCAUUGUGGUCAGAUGUGUGAAUCUGAGUUUGCUGUGGCUGGACCCACUGGAGCUGUAUGUUCUGCACAGCUGCGGUUCGGAGGAUGAAAAGCGGGCAGCCAAGCGCCUCAAGCCCAUCCGGAGGAGAGGAAACGUUCUAGUUUGUUCGCUCUUGUUCAUUUGUGCUUUGGGUCACUCAGGGCUCGGCGUCUUGUUGUACCGUCUCUUGGGGUCCAUCGUGCCCGCAGUGUUUACUAGUGGCUUCCUCAUAUUCCUUCUGGCUGAGCUGGUUCCUCAUAUUGUAUGUUCGGGUUAUGGGUUCCAGAUGGCACCGGGUUUGAUAUGGCUGGCCCAGAUCUGUCUCAUCCUGACGUGUCCACUUUCUUGUCCUCUCGGCCUCCUGCUGGACUUGAUCCUGCACCGGGACGUGAGCACUGUCGGCAUCCGUGAGAAAACCAUGGAAAUGAUUCGGACUAGUGUGAACGAUCCGUAUAAUGAGUUCGUCAAGGUGGAGUUCAGUAAAGGCGCUCUCAGGACCAAAACCGUGGAGGACAUCCUGACGCCCCUGAAAGACUGCUUCAUGCUGCCCUCCACGGCCGUGCUGGACUUCAACACCAUGUCUGAGAUCAUGCAGAGCGGUUACACCCGCGUCCCGGUGUACGAAGAGGAGAGGUCCAAUAUCAUCGAAAUCCUGUACGUCAAAGACCUGGCGCUGGUUGACCCGGAGGACCGCACUCCCAUGACCACCAUCACCAAGUUCUACAACCAUCCUCUGCAUUAUGUUUUUAAUGACACCAAACUGGAUGCAAUGCUGGAGGAAUUCAAAAAAGGAAACUCCCACCUGGCCAUCGUUCAGAAGGUGAAUAAUGAGGGCGAAGGAGAUCCGUUCUACGAGGUUCUGGGUCUGGUCACGCUGGAGGACGUCAUCGAGGAGAUCAUCAAAUCUGAGAUCCUGGACGAGUCUGAUGGCUACAUGGACAUGAAGGUGAAGCGUCCGAUGGCCCCGGUGGAGAUCCCUCUGGAGCCACGCAGCGUUCACGACGAGUUCUCCAUCUUCAAACCUCCAGAGGGCGAACCCAAGAUCCGCACCUCUCCUCAGCUGUUGCUGGCCACCCAUCGAUUCCUGUCCCGAGAGGUGGAACACUUCGGCCCUCAGCGUGUGUCAGAGAGAGUCCUGUUUCAUCUGCUGCGGCACCCCAGCGUCAACCAAGAAGUGAAGUUUGACCCCGCGGUCCGGCUCAGUCCUGACCACUACCUGUACACACGAAACCAUCCGGUGGAUUACUUCAUCCUGCUGCUGCAGGGACGUGUGGAAGUGGAGAUCGGGAAAGAGGGUUUGAAGUUUGAGAAUGGUGCGUUCACAUACUAUGGUGUUUCGGCGCUCACUGCUCCCUCCUCAGUCCAUCAGUCUCCGGUGUCCACGCAGCAUCAGACCCCCAGAGACCCCUUUGAGCUGGGAGACGCCACCAGCCCGUCCAGCUACUGUCCCGACUACACAGUCCGAGCCCUCACUGACCUGCAGUUCAUCAAGGUGACCCGUCUGCAGUACCUCAACGCUGUGAUGGCGUCGCGGGUGGCCCAGAGCCCCGAGCCGCCUGAAAUCAAGAUCCUGCCCAACAGUCAAACCAAACUCCUGAACGAGAAAAACACUACUCAAGACUUUCAGCUCCACUUUUCAUUCUUUGACACAAUUGAAAACUUCUGUUAGUGUGCUUUGCAUGAGACAGGAUUUAAAUGUCCAGGUGCGAGCAAAAGCCAGGAAUCCAGGCCAGACGAGGGGCUUCACAGCCAGAGAGGAGCGUUUUGACCUCUAUCUAGCCUUCCUGCAGAACUCACAAGGAUGUUAUUAUGACAACUCAUUUGUUUUUGUCAUCUUGAAUCUUUUACUCCUGGAAUGCAGCGAUUGAGCCAGAUGGAGGACUGUUGAGGAAAACAAGAGACGUGAUGUUCAAGACGUGUCUUUCUGGUCAGACGGGAUCUGUUCGCUCUGUUCUGCUUAUUCAGCUGUUCCCUGUGAUGUCACUUCCUCUGCACUCUGUUCGACUUCACUUAUUUCCUUAAGUUGUAUGCAUGUGCUACUAAAUUAAAUGUUGUGCCAAGAUCUUACCACCCCUGUCCUAACACACAAGCAGUAUUACAGCCCUGAAUCAUCCAGCCCUACUGUGCCAAAAUGGGUUCAGAGCCACAGAAAAUAGGCAUUUACUCACCCUCAUGCCACUCCAAACACAUAAUCUUGUCUUUUCCAAUUAAUAGUGACUACAGCUGUCAGUGUCCCUCUGUAACAGCUUCACUGAAGCACUCAAAUGUUAUUCUCCAUGGCUUAAGUGCUAUCAAAUCUGAACACAAAUAAGAUUUUAGACCUUUGGGGAAGUACACUAUUAAAAAGAAAUGUUCUAUAUUGGCAUCUAUGGUUCCAUAAAGAACCGUUAACAUCAAUGGAAUCUUUCCAUUUUACAAAAGGUUCUUUUCUAGAAAAGGUUGUAGAAUAUUCAAAUGUUUGGUUGGAGCUGAACUGAAGGUAGAUUGGGCAGCCCUGCCAUAGAAGAAGCACUUUUGGGUUCCUCAAAGAACCUUUCAGUGAGCAGUUCUUAAAAUUACUAUUUUGUGCGUGUAAAGAACGUUUGAAAAAUAUAAAGAAUCUUUCAAUGGAAUGAAAAGGUUCCAUGGAUUUUAAAGAGUGCGCUUCUUUUUAAGAACUGUUCAUUGAAAGGUUCUUUUUGGAGCCAAAAAAAGGCUCUUCUACAUUUAUUAAAGAUUCCAAAAGGGGCGUUUAGAAUGUUGCAGUGUGUGUGUGUGUGUUAAAGGAAUUAUUUUAAUAAUCUAAAGAACUUUUUUUCAUUAUCAAGAACCUUUUGUGCAAUGGUAAGGUUCUACAUGGAACCACCAAUGCUAGUUUAAAAAAUACGUAUUUUUAAAAGUGUAUUGCAUUCAUUGCGAAAAACCCCUUUUGGAACAUUGAUUUUUUUUUUGUGUAGGAAAAGAUUAAUCAGUAAUAAUCGCAUUAAUGCUUUCCAAAUACAGGUUUAAGGGUGAGUCCUUAGGUAGAAUAUUCCUUUUAGGUCCCGAUAAGUCAGUGCCAAUGUAAGUUUAUCUACAGAAAACUUGCAAGAAGUGAAAAGCUGGAUUUUUCACAUUAAAAUUGGUCUUCAGUGCAGAGGUAUCACUAAUUAGUAUGGGAAUAGGUCCUUCUCUGUCUUAGAAAUUCCUAUGAUUGGUCCAUUUAAUUAUCAUUACCUUUGCCUAAUAUAUUUCCCUCCAAAUCUUCAGAUUGUUAGAUUGAUUAUUUGCUGGAAAAACAUAAAUUCGAGAGCGACGUUACAACUUCUGCGUGAUCCUGACCCAGUUUUUCACUGCAUGUCUACAUCCGGCUGCCAUUCAAUUCUGCAUCUCAGAACAAUUGCAUAUUAGGUGACUAAAUGCAUGACUGUAGCAGGUGUAGCUAACAGUAUAAACUAAGUUCCAGUUCCAUUGGAUUAACAUGCAAUUUGAUUCUAGCAAUUCUGAAAAUCCCAGUGUUUUUGAGAUUGUAUCAUAUUUUGAAAUGUAGAAAUGUUGUGUAAUUAACCUAAAACUUACUCCUUAAUGAGUCUAAAAUAUUUUCUGGCAUUCCAUGGUGUUCUGUUCCAUCCGCUUGUCCUAGAGAAAACGCUUGGUUUAAACAUUUCAAGUUUAUUUUCGAUUUCUAUAGCAUGCCAGCAUACACUACCAUUCAGAUGUCUGGAGAAUGUGUUUUUAAACAAGUUUCUUAUGCACACCAAGAAUGUUUAUUUGAUUACAGUUUGUGAAAUAAUUGUGAAAUAAUAUUAGUUUAAAACAACAGUUUUUCAUUUGAAUAUAUUUUAAAAUGUAAUUUAAUUAAUGUGUUGCAAAGCUGAAUUUUCAGCAUCAUUCAGUGUCAUGUGAUCCUUCAGAAAUCGAAUCAUUCUAAUGCUGAUUUGCUGCUCAUGAAAAAAUUCCUAAUAUUAUCCAUGUUCAAAACAAUUGUGCUGCUUCAUAUUUUUGUGGAACCAUUAUAAAUUGUUUUCAAGUAUUUAAUGAUGAAUAAAAAGUUCACAAACAAGAAUAGCAUUUAUUUGAAAUGGCAAUCUUAAAUCUCUACUAUAACUUUCGAUUGAUUGAGUUUAUUAUUUCGGAAUAAAAUAUGAAUUUAUUUUAAAAUAAUCAUGACCCCAAACUUUUGAACGGUAGUGUGUAAUUUGGGUUUUGAUGUGCAAAGGUGUGAUUUGAGUAACUUUCAGGAUAGCCUUAAUGUUCAAGAAAUUCAAGCCUUCAUUUGUUCUGUUUUAUUGAUGCAUAUAACCAAUUUUAAGCAGUUAUUUACAUGUGUGCUUAUUUAUGUUGACAUUAUAGGCCAUCCGCUAAAAACUGACUUCACCGAUCAGUGUGUGAUCCAAGUAAAUAUUUUUCUGCUGUUCAAAAAGUUGUACUGUUUGUUCUGUUGUAAAAGUCAAAUUAUAUUGUCACAAAAUAACGAAUGUACAAUAUAUAUAUAUAUAUAGAUAGAUAGAUAGAUAGAUACUUAAAAAUAAUUAUCUUGGUUUACUCUAUUUAUCAAAAGAAAUGCUGAGAUUUUUGCGUAGGUUAGAGAUGACUGUAAAUUAAUUUCUGAGGUUGUAAAGUGGGAACAGUUGCUGGCAGAUGUCAAUUCUUCAGGUACAAACGUAGAUAUUACCAGGGAUUCAAACACGCUUUUACUUCUGACCAGCCAUUUUUGGUGGUUGAGAUUCUAAUCUUCUCUGUAUUGUACUUGAGCCGUUGAAUGCUCUUGAUAUCAACUCUUUCACAGGAAAUAAACACAGCCCAGUGCAUAACUGAU